CUGGCGCCCUGGUUCUGGAGGUAACUGGUUGCCGACGGGGAGAGGCGCCACCCGAAGGCUCUAGCCUGACAAAUACUUGCUGACCUGGGCUCUGAGCUUGCAGCAGCUAAGGGCUCUUCCCUCACGCAACCGCGUUGGUGCCACUCCGCUACCAUGUUCGAGGCGCGCCUGGUCCAGGGCUCCAUCCUGAAGAAGGUGUUGGAGGCACUCAAGGACCUCAUCAACGAGGCCUGCUGGGAUAUCAGCUCGAGCGGCGUAAACCUGCAGAGCAUGGACUCGUCCCACGUCUCCUUGGUGCAGCUCACGCUGCGGUCUGAGGGCUUCGACACGUACCGCUGCGACCGCAACCUGGCCAUGGGCGUGAACCUCACCAGUAUGUCCAAAAUACUAAAAUGCGCUGGCAAUGAAGAUAUCAUUACACUAAGGGCUGAAGAUAAUGCGGAUACCUUGGCGCUAGUAUUUGAAGCACCAAACCAGGAGAAGGUUUCAGACUAUGAAAUGAAGUUGAUGGAUUUGGAUGUUGAACAACUUGGAAUUCCAGAACAAGAGUAUAGCUGUGUAGUAAAGAUGCCUUCUGGUGAAUUUGCGCGUAUAUGCCGAGAUCUCAGCCAUAUUGGAGAUGCUGUUGUAAUUUCCUGUGCAAAAGACGGAGUGAAAUUUUCUGCAAGUGGAGAACUUGGAAAUGGAAACAUUAAACUGUCACAGACAAGUAAUGUCGAUAAAGAGGAGGAAGCCGUUACCAUAGAGAUGAAUGAACCAGUUCAAUUAACUUUUGCACUGAGGUACCUGAACUUCUUCACAAAAGCCACUCCACUCUCUUCAACAGUGACACUCAGUAUGUCUGCAGAUGUACCCCUUGUUGUAGAGUAUAAAAUUGCUGAUAUGGGACACUUAAAGUACUACUUGGCUCCCAAGAUCGAGGAUGAAGAAGGAUCUUAAGCAUUCUUAAAAUUCAAGAAAAUAAAACUAAGCUCUUUGAGAACUGCUUCUGAGAUGCCAGCAUAUACUGAAGUCUUUUCUAUCACCAAAUUUGUACCUCUAAGUACAUAUGUAGAUAUUGUUAUCUGUAAAUAACCUAUUUUUUUCUCUAUUCUCUGCAGUUUGUUUAAAGAUCUCUGCAAAGUCAGAUCCAGUCUAAUUAGCCUAGAAGUAUUUUUGUCUCUUAAAAAUACUUGUGAUUUUUAUAAUACAAAAGGGUCUUGACUCUAAAUGCAGUUUUAAGAAUUGGUUUUGAAUUUAAAUAAAGCUUGAAUUUCA